UCUAAGCUUAUAGUACUAACCCCGCCCCUCAAAAAGUGGCAGAAAGUUUUGUUCGAGAAAUAACGCUAAUAGCGCCUCCCGCCCUAUAUGCUCUAAAGCUUCAAGAUAAAGAACAAAAAUUAUUAUUUUAUGUACAAUUUGCACAACAAUAUAACAUUCCACCGAGUUUAAUGCUAGCGUCUUUUAAAAUUACAGGUUAGGUCUUAGAAUAAUAGGGUUAGGUAUUUUUAAUGUCGUUCUGUUAACGUACGCGGUCAACAACAAAUAGGUGGGUUUUGUGUGAAGUGUAAAUGUUAAACGGUGUUAAUAUAAAAUUACAAGUGAGACCUCGCCGCCAAUUUCAGGUAAAAAUGACGACAAUACAUCCCUACAUAUGUGAACUCGACUGUGAAACGAAUACUACACUUAAAAUGUACCUUUUCAAGAAUGUUAAAAAUUUAGAAACAUUGAGGAGUAAAGUAAUAGAAGGCGCGUGGAUGUGUGGGGUAGUGAAUGCUGAGCUGGUGUUGGAUCCGCUGCAAGUGGCGGUGGCAGCUAAUGCGGCGGUCGUCGCGCAACUCCGAGGCACGAUGCUCACCAGGACAGUCUACGGGGAAAUCCUCUACAACUUGUCUAUCACAAAAAACAUCUCUCAGAGUCUAAGCAAGUUUGGAAUAAACAAAGGAAGAGAUCUGCUACUUUGUUUCUUAGUGAGGCCAGACAGGGACAACAGUGAAGAUAUCAUUCCUCAAUUAAAGGGAGAUCUGUGUCCUAUUACUGAACUAAGCACUGUUACCAACAUGAAGGAAAUAAAAACUGCUUAUAAACUAAACAAUUUUAAAGGUAAUAUUAGUCUUCUGGACAUUAUAUUAAGUAGGAUGGUCACCAAAAGCUUUGUAUCUCAUUAAAUGUAUUACAUUUUAUCGGGUUUUGCAUGCCAAUCCCACCACACUGCUUGUUAUAGUAAUUGGUACUAUAACAAGAUGUCUAGGUUGGACAGUAGGAAGAGGCGACUGAAAACAAGACAGAUUUUUUGCAUUUUAGUUAUAAUAUUGUUUCAUCACUUUCUCUCUGCUUUCCAUAGUUCAGAAUAUUAGACUGAAUCUUCCCCGAGAGCCAAGAUUUCAGGCAAAGUCUAUACCACUUUUAAAGUUGGUGAGGAGUGAAGUAAUAAACCACCUGCACGAAUCGAGCAAGCACAAUUGAGUGUGCCAAAACCGAAUUUAGGGCAUUCUGAUAUAGAUAUGUUGGAUUUUAUCGAUAACUAUCAACCACACAGGAAAAUUGAUAAGAAUAAAAAUCUGAUCUAUUGGAAACAAACAUUGAAACAAUUUAUAACAAUAUUUAAAAUAAAAAGAUACAAUUUAUCCUGUGUGUAAACAAUAACUGUAAACAAUGUGUCCUUUUGUCUGAACAAUAUCAACCAAGCAGGCAUGUUAAUAGCUUAGACAUAAAUAUGAAUAUUCGCAGUAUCUCUCUGCAACCAAAACCAAAUUGCUACCCCAAUUACAAAGGAGUGACUAUUCUGCACAGUUUUUUGUGUUUAUAGUUAUAAUAUUUCUUUAUUUCUGAUAAUGUAUCAAUAGAAUUUUUAGUAACAGUGGGUAAUUACGACUAUGUUAAUUAAAAAUAAUAAUU